UAAUCUCUUCCUGUUAUUUUCACGGGUUGCUACUUAAAUGAGUGCUCUGUCGACUCUACAAACUUUGUGUGCUAGACGUCCGAAGAAGCAGAGCUCUCGGGAACUGUGUCUGCAGCCGGACUGCAAGGCCAAUCAAAACACUGACAACCUAUAUUGCUGAAAUUAUUUUAUAACAAUUUGUGCUCGACUGAACUUCGAGAUGUCAGAGAUGAGUUUAUCGAUGAUAUUCCCAGCAAUCAUAUUCACACUGGCUUUCUUACUUAUGGUCACAAGCACAGAAAGCAAAAGAGCUGACUCAGGAUCAACCAUCGCUAAUUCCAUAAAGGAUGCUUCCAUCAAAAAGAACAUCAUGAGAGCCGGAGUCAACAGGGGUCUGAAGGAAUGCCGACGGCUUUUUAAGGACGAGGUCUGGGACUGUAGCUUUUAUAACGAAAGCGUGACUGGAGAAUUACCUGACUUUAUUCUUACAACUCUGCCUUACGCCAAUAAGGAGACGGCGUUUUUACAUGCGAUCACCACCGCUGGCAUCCUUCAAGAAAUCCUUUCCAAGUGCGAUGCAAACAAAAUUACCGAAUGUAGUUGCAACAAAAAAAGACGGCAAUCGCGUGGAUGCAGCGAAAAACUGUUGUUUGCCGAGAAGAUGACGCUGAGUCUCCUAGCAACUGAACGACAAGGGAACGACGAACGAAGAACAAUCGACAAAGACAAUAAAAAAGUGGGAAUACAGGUUUUCAAGAUGAAUUAUAAUCGUAAUUGUCUUGGCAGAGUGACUAGAAAUUGUUACAAUUUUCAAGACGUCGCAAAUGAACUCAAAAAUAAAUAUCAUUCUGCCAUCAACAAGACCAACAAGGCACAGCAGCUCGAUAUUGGAGGGGUUUUCCAACGAAAUAAUAUGCAAGAACUCACUUAUUGGGAUCCGUCGCCUGAUUACUGCGUACACGACGUGACCACUGGCUCACCAGGCUUGAAAGGAAGAGUCUGCGGAAAUGAUGGCACAAAAACACGCCAAUGCAGAUUGCUUUGUAAAAAAUGUGGCCUGAAACUCCGGAGAGAGCAGCGAAUGAGUCCUGACAACUGCAGAGAUUGUCCAGAAAAAUAUACAGUAGCAGUCUGCAUGGAGAAGAAAACAGUCCACCCAUUCAAAAGUUUAAAUUGA